AUGGCCCCAGUUUCAUUGCCUCCUGGCUUUCGUUUUCAUCCCACCGACGAAGAGCUAGUUGCUUAUUACCUCAAGAGGAAAAUUAAUGGGCAUAAAAUUGAACUCGAAGUUAUCCCUGAAGUUGAUCUCUACAAGUGCGAACCUUGGGAUUUACCAGGGAAGUCACUAUUGCCAAGCAAAGAUCUAGAAUGGUAUUUCUUUAGUCCAAGAGAUCGUAAAUACCCAAACGGAUCUAGGACAAAUCGAGCCACGAAAGGUGGGUAUUGGAAGGCAACAGGGAAGGACAGGAACGUAAACUCACAUUCACGGGCGGUGGGGAUGAAGAAAACCCUAGUUUACUAUAGAGGGAGAGCCCCUCAUGGUGCUCGUAGUGAUUGGGUGAUGCACGAGUACCGCCUUGAUGAGAAAGAAUGCGAAAGUGAAUCUGGUCUCAAGUUGCAGGAUGCUUACUCUCUUUGUCGCGUGUUUAAGAAGAGUUUAAAUGCUCCAAAGACGAACAUUGGUGUACAUUAUGCCGCGACAGCCAGUGAUCACUCAUCAAGUAUGGACCUUUAUUCAGAGGGAGGAAGAGGUGGUGAAGAUAUGGAGACAAGCAACUAUCCAACACCAAUGGCUUCAUCUUCGUCUAAUAUAAACCAUGGAUCUCCAUAUAUCUCAAGUGAAACAAGUGAUGGGAGAUGGAUGCAGUAUCUAUCCGAAGAAGCAUUUACUUUCCCAAGUCCAUCUUUCACAAACUUUGGGAAUGUCUCUUAUUCCCCAUCCAAGAUUGACAUAGCAAUGGAAUGUGCAAGGCUGCAACAAAGGUUAUCAAUGCCUCCAUUACAAGUACAAGAUUUCUCACAACAAGAGACUACAAGCUAUGUCGAAUUGAUGAAUAUGCAACAGAUGAACAACAACAUGCAGGAAUUCACAACUUCAAAUAAUGCUCCUCAACAAGACAUAGUGCAAGAAAUCCUUUCGGUUGCUCAAGCUUCUCAGGAUCUCAUAAAUCAGAACACUUGGGGUGGAAGUUUUUCUGGUCAUCAAGACGACUUCUCGUUUCUGACUACUAGUAAUAACAAUCAAAUGCAAGAUAUGGGAUCCUUUAGGUUCAUGGGAGAUGAACAAAAUAUAAGGUCGAUUGAGGUUGGUGGAAGCGAUGAACAACUCGGAGCUGAGAGAAUGGCUGAGAAUUUGAGAUGGGUUGGUAUGUCUAACAAGGAUCUUGAAACGACCUUUUGGGACGAUUACAAGACUGUUCCGGUGGAUCAUAUACCAGUUUUUAAGAAGGAAGGACAUGAAGUUCAAGUUGCAGGAGAAAGCAGCCACCACAACAACUUGGAAAACACAGAAGACCACUUCUCAAAUGGAAAUGCCAUCGAAGAUCACAACAACACAGGCGACGACUUCUUAGAUGAAGGCGAUCUGGAAAACUUCACAAAUCCAAGUUACGAAAUUUAUGAGAAGACCAAAGUGAGUCAUGGGUUGAUUGUUUCAACCCAACAAGUUUCAAAAACCUUCUUUCAUCAAAUAGCCCCUUCCCAAACCGUCAAGGUGCAACUGAACCCGGGAAUGAUAUAUGAUGAUUUCAAACUAUAUACGGAUUCAAAACCAUUGGGAACGACCACCAAGAGGACAACGAGCCCUAUUGUGAACUUGGUCUCCCUUUUGUUGAUAUGUUGCUUUUAUCUUGAAGAAUCAACAGAAGUCGACGAUGAUAUGAAGUUCGAAGUUAAUGAUGCGAAUUCACCUAAUAUGGGAGAUGAAGAGGAGGAAAUAAAUGAAGGAUGGAGCAUUUCAAGUUUGGUUUUGGAGAAGGUGAUAUGGCCAUGUGUGACCUUGGCUUUGGCAGUUUCUACCAUUUGGGUUCAUCAAAAUUACUAAUGACAAAUUAAUUAAGUGUUUUUUUA